CAACAACAGCCACCUCCAGGUGUGUACCAUGCAGCAUCGAGCACAAUGUAGAUAAAAAGGGCGGACGGGGGACCCCAUGUCAUGGAGAGGCUCGACAUGAGGCUACCCCUUUUUUCCACUUCCCUUCUUCGCAUCUACAGCGUGCCGCAGCCAAGGCCACUUCGGCGCCCCACACCCGCAAAUCCGCCUCGUCGAUUCCCUGCUCUCGGAAGGGGCUAAGCCAUGUCCACCGACGUUUACUGGACCACCCGCAAGUAUCGCCUCCUGAAAGAAAGGGCCGAAGAAUACCUUACGGAGAGAUUGGGCAAGCCUAUUGUUCUGGAGCCGACGGAGAACGAAAUGUUUUACGCCCUGAUCCCUAGAGAUCUCACCAAGGAAGAGCUGAAGCACAUUAAUACCAAGCUGCGUUGGAAGCGGCCGCCCGGCUGAACGUUCAUGUCUUCAGCAAAAAAAUUCUUAUGCCCUCCAUG